AUGUUGUUACACCUGUGUCUUUUAUUGACUUUCUUCCACUGUUGUCUAAGUGAAGAUAUCACAUACCAUGUUAAAGAAGAGAAUGGUCCCUAUACCUAUAUAGGGGACAUUGCUACUGACCUACAGAAAUCAGACAGCUCCUUCUUAAAGAAUAAGGAUUUAAUUACAUUUAGUCAACUGCAACAAAAGGGAGAACAGUUGUUCAAUGUGACGAGAACAGGUAAACUGUACACUGUUGAGACAUUGGAUGCUGAGUCUGUGUGUAGUUAUGAGAAAGAAUGUUUUGAAAUCGUUAAAGUUGCUGUUCACAAAUCCAAGACAUUUAUGAAGAUCUUAAAGAUUAAAGUCAUAAUAGAAGACAUCAAUGACCACCAACCUGAGUUUCCUGAGAAGGACAUUACUAUACAUUUCCGAGAUGGAGAUGGUAAAGGCAUGAAAAGGCCCAUACCUCAUGCUAUCGACAAAGAUAUGAGUCCAGAAAACAGCUUAAUUACUUAUGAAUUGAAAAAGGAUAAUGGACGUUUUUCUUUAUCAGUUUCUAAACAAACAGAUGAAAUAUCAACAUUACGAAUUAUUUUAGAAGAGAAAUUGGACAGAGAAAAAGAAGACAAUUACAAUAUUGAAGUCAUUGCUAAAGAUGGAGGAACUCCCCAAAAAAUCACAUUAUCUGCCAGUGAUUUAGAUAUUGGCAGGAAUGGUAAAAUAUCUUUCUAUUUUGCUAGGAAAACUACUGAGAAAGUGAAGAGAAACUUUAAUUUAGAUGAAAAUACUGGAAAAUUAUAUUUAGCUACAUCUUCAAAAAUUGAUAAAGAAGAGUCUUUUAAAUUAUACAUCGAAGCCAGAGAUGAUGGCAGUCCUCCUCUGAGUUCCAUAGCAACAGUUAUGGUAAAUGUCAUCAACCAGCAGAACAAUCCUCCAAAUAUUGAUGUGAACUUUAUUUCUACACGGAAUCACAACACAGCUACCAUUCUGGAAGACAUCAAAGUUGGUAGCUUCAUUGCUUAUGUGAUGGUCACUGACAAUGAUGUUGGACACACAAUGGACAGGUGA